CUUACCAUAAAUGAUAUUUUUUGGCGAUAUAAAAUAGAUAAAAUAAUAUUUAUACAUAUUAGCCCAAAAUGAGAGUACUUGCACUCACUCCAUUUCUCCCAAUAAAUUAAAGCACAUCUUAAAAAAGAUAACGAAGUGGCAACUUUGCAUCAUCUCUCUUUCUCUCUCCCUCUCCCUCUCAUUCCGAAAUAGUUGAAGUAGAGAAGUUAAUGUUCACCAAACUUACUGUAAAGUCUGAAACGUUCUUCCUUCUUCUUCUUUGCUUCAUUCAAGUUAAACUUCCAAGAACCAUAGGAGUUGUCUCAGAUCUAGUGAAAUAGAUUAUAAAUUCUUCACCAAUUAAAGGGAAAAAAUGAGUAAAGAAGAGUUUAUGAAGAUCCAGACUUGUGUUCUUAAAGUGAACAUUCAUUGUGAUGGCUGUAAGCACAAAGUGAAGAAAAUCUUGCAGAAAAUUGAAGGUGUUUUCACGACUAAGAUAGACGCAGAGCAAGGGAAAGUGACGGUAUCCGGAAACGUAGACCCUUCAGUUCUUAUCAAGAAGCUCUUGAAAUCCGGCGGUGUCUCUUUUCCUGUUCAAAUGCCUGGCGGCGGCGGAGGAGGUAACGGUGGUAAGAAGGGAGGUCCCGGUGGAGGCGGUGGUGGUGGUGGUAAUAUGGGGAAUCCAAACCAAGGCGGAGCCAAGAACGGCGGUAAAGGUGGUGGUGGUGGUGGACAUCCGCUAGAUGGAAAAAAUGGCGGAGGUGGUGGUGGUCCUAACGGUAAUAAAGGUGGUGACGGAGGCCAAAUGAACGGUGGUCCCAACGGAGGCAAAAAAGGUGGUGGUGGCGGAGGAGGACCCAUGGGUGGAGGACUCCCGCCGGGUUUCCGUCCGAUAGGAGGCGGUAAUGGCGGAGGAGGCGGAGGACCUCCGACCAUGAGUAUGCCAAUGGGUGGGCAAAUGGGUGGUCCGAUGGGCGGCGGUCCUGGUCCAAUGGGUAAUAAUAUGCAGGCGGUUCAAGGAUUACCGGCAAUGGGUCCGGGCGGUGGUGGCGGUGGCCCAACCGCAGGAGCACCACCAGGAUAUUUUCAAGGCUCCGGAAACGGUGGGGGUGGACAAGACGCUUUGCCGGGAAAUCCCUACUUACAACAGCAACAACAACAACAGCAGCACCAACAACAACAAUACUUAGCGGCGGUAAUGAACCAGCAACGAGCCAUGGGCAACGAGCGGUUCCAACCGAUGAUGUACGCUCGACCACCGCCCGCGGUCAACUACAUGCCACCUCAACCGCACCAACAACAUCCUUACCCGUAUCCUUAUCCAUACCCGUAUCCGCCCCACGGUGGUGAUCAGUAUUCUCAUUACUUCAGUGAUGAGAACACAUCAAGCUGCAAUAUUAUGUGA